AAUAAAAACGGGAGGACCCAUGAAGGUUAGGAGGAAUGGCUCUCGGCUCUCCAAUGAAAACAAAGUGGCUAUGCUUUUAUCCAUAGCAAUUCUUGCUCUUGGAGACCCCACAUUUUGGAACAGGAGAAACUCAUCAUGAAGAUUGAGGAAGAUGAAAAAUAUGAAUGAUUGCAUUUGCACCCACAUAAAAGUCAUAUCCACUCCACAAGAGGUUUUCAGUGCAGGAAUUUCUGCUCCUCAAGAGAAAAGAGUCUUGGUAUGUGCGCACAUUCACCGAUGAAAUCCACCCAAAGUUCCACAUUCUUGGUUGGGGUAGUAACUGAUAUUAUAAAGAAUGUUUGCUGAUUUCAAGGCUAUUGCAUCUGAAUUUAAUGAAUGACAGCACUGCACCUGCACUUUUUCCCAUGCACCAAGCUAUCUGAAACGGUGGCUCUUGUCCUUUUUAAUGGAAUUUCAAAAAAUGGGUAAGGAUCACAGACAUUGAAGUUGACCUAUGUGAUAUUGCUAAAUGGCCAAGAAGAAGAGCUGGUUUAGUCUGGUGAAGAGGCUCUUUAUAUGGGACACACAUUCCACUCAAGACAAGAAAGAGAAGAGAAGGAAAUGGGUCUUUGGAAGGCUUAAGAGCAAAAGAUUACCAUCAAUUACAGCACCACCGCCAUCAAAAGAAACAACAUUAACACUAAGUGAAGCAGAGGAAGAACAGAACAAUCAUGCUUUAACAGUGGCCAUUGCCUCAGCAGCUGCUGCUGAAGCUGCUGUUACUGCUGCUCAUGCUGCAGCUGAGGUUGUUCGUCUCACUGGGGUCUCACAAUCUGCCCUUCAACGCAAAGAAAACUCAGAAGAAUCUCAACCUCUGAAAACUAGGAAUGGUGCUCCUCAAUCCACAUACCAGUGCCUCAGGGAGAUUAAAGAAUCUGCUGCAGCCAUCAUGAUUCAAACUGCAUUUAGGGGUUACCUGGCAAGGAAGGCUUUGAGGGCAUUGAAGGGAAUUGUGAAGCUUCAAGCUAUCAUUCGAGGCAGAGCAGUAAGACGCCAAGCUAUGAGUACUCUUAAGUGCUUACAGUCCAUAGUGAGUAUCCAUUCACAGGUAUGUGCAAGGAGACUCCAAAUGGUUGAAGGGAGAUGUGAUUACACUGAAAAUGAAGAGAUGCAAGAUUCUAGAGACAAGAUAAUUAGGAUGGACUCAAACAGUGAAAGGAAGGAUGAAAGCACUUUAUUGAAGGAAGAGGUAGACAGCUCUUGCAUAAGCAAGAAAGAAACAGAUCUCAAGAAAGAAAGACUAAAAGCAUACUCAUUUAACCAUAGAAGGUCAGCAGAGACAGAAAGAAGUAAAGUAAAUGGAAGAUGGAGAUACUGGCUAGAGCAGUGGGUAGAUACACAACUUUCAAAGAGCAAAGAACUUGAAGAUUUAGACUCAAUUUUUAGCACACAUUCUAGAGCUGAGGAGGAAUAUGGAGGAAGGCAACUUAAGCUGAGAAGUAUUCAAAGACAGAAUCCAGUUGAAGGAUUAGAUUCUCCAAUACUUUCUUCAAGAAGAUCUUUUCCUCAUAGGAGGCAGUGUUCAGUGGGAGAAGACCACUCAUUUUCAAGCUCUCCUGCAACUCCAGCAUACAUGGCUGCAACUGAAUCAGCAAAAGCAAAAGCAAGAUCAACAAGCUCCCCAAAAGUAAGGACAGGGGGGAAUGUGGACAUGAACUCUGAUAGCUAUUCACCAUGCAAGAAAAAGCUAUCCAUUGCAUCUUCUAUUAACAGUGAAGUGCUUAGUGGUGGUAGGAUGUGCAAGAUCAGUGGUAACCAGCAAAGAUCUCCAAGUUUUAAGGGUCUUUCAGUGCCUAUAAAAUCAAACCGAACUAUCAAGGAUCUCAGUAUUAAUUCGGAUUGCUCACUGCCUAAUUGGGAUCGACAAGGUUCCUUCAAAUGAGUCUAUGAAUGCUAAUGUUACUCUUGGCUGCAUUAACACAAUUCCUUGUAUCAUGAGAAGGCUUGAAAACAAUAGCUGUUUAUAAUUAUAACUAUGUAUGAUAUAUAUGCCAUUGGAUGUUAUUUUGGUUGGGAAUUGAACAUUAAUGUGACAGAAAGUAGAUAAUUCCUUGA